GAGGAGGCGGAGCUAUUACGUCGCCCCGGCAGUGCAUACUUAAGUUGCAAAAUGAGCAUCCCGGACUACAUGCAGUGUGCGGAAGAUCAUCAAACUUUACUAGUCGUGGUCCAGCCAGAUGGGAUUGUUCCUGAAGAGAGCUUUUUUAAGAUCUACAAACGAAUCUCAACCGUGAGUCAGAUCAACGUCCGUGACUCUCAGCGAGUUCUUUAUAUCCGCUACAGACAUCAUUACCCACCAGAAAACAACGAGUGGGGAGAUUUUCAGACGCAUCGCAAAGUUGUGGGAUUAAUAACCAUCACGGAUUGUUCCUCUGGAAAAGACUGGCCUCAAACUUUUGAAAAAUUCCACCUUCAGAAGGAAAUUUAUGGCUCAACCCUUUACGAUUCCCGGCUGUUUGUCUUUGGGCUUCAAGGAGAAAUUGCAGAGCAAACUCGUACGGACGUGGCAUUUUAUCCUAGUUACGAUGAAUGUGAAAACGUGGAAAAGAGAAUAGAAGACUUCAUUGAAUCUCUUUUCAUUGUGUUGGAGUCCAAGCGUCUUGACAGAGCCAUCGAUAAGUCUGGAGAUAAGAUCCCACUUCUGUGUAUUCCUUUUGAAAAAAAAGAUUUUGUUGGCCUGGAUACAGACAGUAGACAUUAUAAAAAGCGAUGUCAGGGUCGUAUGCGGAAACAUGUUGGGGACCUUUGUCUACAAGCCGGGAUGUUGCAAGAUUCCUUUGUUCACUAUCAUAUGGCUGUGGAACUUCUCCGUUCUGUAAAUGACUUUUUGUGGCUUGGAGCUGCUCUUGAAGGAUUAUGUUCAGCUUCCGUCAUCUAUCACUAUCCUGGAGGCACUGGAGGUAAACUUGGGCCUCGCAGGGCGCAAGGAGGUUCAUUUUCCGCAGAGGCAGGUAACAGGCACAGACCUGGUGCACAAGAAGUUCUUAUUGAUCCAGGGGCCCUCACAUCAAAUGGCAUCAGUGCAGAUACAAGUUCUGAAAUAGGGCGAGCUAAGAAUUGUCUGAGCCCGGAAGACAUCAUUGAGAAGUACAAAGAAGCUAUUUCCUAUUACAGCAAGUAUAAAAACGCUGGUGUUAUUGAACUGGAAGCUUGUGUGAAGGCGGUGAGAGUGCUUGCAAUACAGAAAAGAAGCAUGGAAGCGUCUGAAUUCCUCCAAAAUGCUGUUUAUAUUAACCUUCGUCAGCUUUCUGAAGAAGAAAAAAUCCAGCGCUACAGCAUUCUUUCUGAGCUCUACGAGCGAAUUGGAUUUCAUCGCAAAUCAGCUUUUUUCAAGCGAGUGGCAGCAAUGCAGUGUGUGGCCCCAAGCAUCGUGGACCCUGGUUGGAGAGCCUGCUAUAAACUUCUUCUGGAAACACUUCCGGGUUAUAGUCUAUCUUUGGAUCCUAAAGACUUCAGCAAAGGAACUCAUCGUGGUUGGGCUGCUGUGCAGAUGCGUUUACUUCAUGAGUUAGUGUACGCCUCCAGGAGAAUGGGAAACCCAGCACUUUCCGUCCGACACUUAUCUUUCCUUUUACAAACCAUGCUGGAUUUUCUUUCGGACCAAGAAAAGAAAGAUGUGACACAGAGUCUAGAAAACUAUACGUCAAAAUGCCCGGGAACAAUGGAAUUCAUUACCCUUCCAGAUGGCUUAAAGCUCCCUCCUGUGCCAUUCACCAAACUUCCUAUUGUAAGAUCUGUCAAGCUCUUAAACCUCCCUGUUAGCCUUCGACCACAGAAAAUGAAAAGUCUGCUGGGUCAGAACAUGUCAACGAAAAGUCCCUUUAUAUAUUCUCCAAUAAUCGCUCACAAUCACGGAGAGGAGCAAAGCAAAAAAAUAGAUUUUCAAUGGGUGCAGGGAGAUGUCUGUGAAGUUCAGCUGAUGGUGUACAAUCCGAUGCCCUUUGAACUCCGUGUAGAAAAUAUGGGACUGCUGACCAGCGGAGUUGAGUUUGAAUCUCUCCCUGCAGCUCUCUCUUUGCCUGCAGAAUCUGGCCUCUAUCCUGUGACACUGGUCGGUGUUCCUCAGUCCCCAGGCCAGAUCAAUGUUAACGGCUAUCACACCUCAGUCUUUGGAGUCUUCAGCGAUUGCCUUUUGGAUAAACUCCCAGGAAUAAAGACCUCUGGCUGUACAGUGGAAGUCAUCCCAUCUUUGCCUAGGUUGCAAAUUAGCACUUCGUUACCAAGGUCUGCGCGUACACUUCAACCUUCUUCGGGUGACGAAAUUACCACCAGCGUGUCUGUCCAGCUGUACAACGGAGAGACUCAGCCGCUCAUCAUUAAACUUGAAAAUAUUGGAACAGAACCUCUGGAGAAGCUGGAGGUUACCUCAAAAAUGGUCAACAUAAAAGGAAAAAUGUUUGGUGACUUCUUGAGUUGGAAUCUAGAAGAUACACUCUCACAGUUUCCUUUAAAGCCAGGAAGUAUUGCUGUAUUUACUGUGUAUAUUAAAGUCAAGCUUGAUUUCUCCUGUCACGAAAACCUUCUGCAGGAUCUGAAUGAUGAUGGAAUUAGCGUGAGCGGUCUUCCACUUUCCAGUCCCUUUCGACAAGUGAUAAAGCCGCGUAUGGAAAAUAAACCUAUAAAUCCACAGGAAGCCACUAAAGUUGGUGACUUCAGUCACAUAAAGACAUUGGAAGCCAUCUUGAAUUUCAGAUACUCGGGAGGCCCUGGACAUACUGAUGGAUAUUAUAGGAAUUUGUCCCUGGGGCUUCACGUGGACGUUGAGCCAUCUGUGUUCUUCACACGUGUCAGUACCUUGCCUGCAACUAGUACUCGCCAGUGCCAUUUGCUCCUUGAUGUAUUCAACUCAACGGAACAUGAACUCAUGAUCAGUGCAAAGAACAAUGAAAAUUUAGUGUUGCAUGCCGGAGAAUGCCAGCGCAUGGCUAUCCAAGUGGACAAGUUCAACUUUGAAAGUUACCCAAACUCACCUGGUGAAAGAGCACAAUAUACAAAUCCAAAGCAGCUGGAAGAAGAGAGGAAGCAAGCAAAAAGCCUGGAGAUCAACAGCAAGUUAGACAUUGUCUGGAAAAUUCCCUCUAUGAAGCGUGAAGGGGAGGCAAGCGUGGAAGGGAUCCUGAAUCAGGUUGUCCUGGAUCACCUACAGUUGGCGCCUCUCCAGUGGGACGUGCUGGUGGAAGGGAAACCCUGCGACUCGGAUAUUGUGGCGGACUGCACUGUCGGGGACCCAGUGAAACUGGAAGUGAAGCUGACCAACUGGAGCAAGCACAGCGUGGGGCCCUUCUCCCUCACUGUGAUCCCCUACCAAGACUAUCAAAACGGCGUCCACAAUUACGAUCUUCAAGAGGGCAUCACUUUCGUUGGAUCCAACACUUUUUUCAUCGAUACAGUUCAGCCGACAGAAAAUUCCGUGUGUGUCGGUGCUCUUCUCUUUCUCUGCACGGGUGACUUUUACUUGAACAUCAAGUUCCACGAAGACAACUCAGACAAGGAGUUUCCCCCUUCGUGGCUGUGCCUGCCCAGCGUUCACAUCCGAGCUGUGCACUCUGUGAUCCAGACCAAGUUGUAAACGUCAAUGUAUUAAUCCAACGUAGCAUUAACCAACUUGCU